ACAAGUUGAGAACCACUGGUUUAAAUAUCAUACAUUCCUGAUUGUGCACACUCCGGGACAGUAGAUGGCGGCAUGCACAUACAUGUCCGUUUGUACUCCUCUAAUAACCUAACAACAAGAAGAAGAACUUAAGAAAAAGAAGAAGAAGAAGUAGAAGAAGAAGAAUAAAAAGAAUCCCAACGCAAUCAUUUCACUAAGCAACACGCCCGCGAAGGUUGAACUCUCAUUAACAUAAGGUGGUUAGGUUUAAAAUGAGGAAAGGGGGCAUGGAGCAGCGGGCCACGGAGCUGCGGGGCACGGAGCAGCGGGCUCAAGCGGUGGUCACGGUUCGACUGGUCCGGUCCUUCGAGCACAGGAACUUUAGACCACUAGUUUUUCACGGAGUCAGUUUGGACGGAACGGUGCAGGACUUUGUUCAGCUUGUCAGAGAAGAUAUAGCAACGAGACCAGGACUUCCCCCGCCUUUCAAGACGUUCGCUUAUGAUACAUUGAAGAUUAUCCACCAAGCACAUGGAGCAAAGACUAACGAGUUGGUGAUGAGUUUGGAUGAUGAUGAAAAUCUCAUUCUGCAAGAUAACCUCACCCUUAAAGCUGCUGGCGUUGCAAAUGAAACCGAAGUGGCCUUCUUCAGGAAAGAGGACUACAGUCUCUAUAAAGCAAAUCCCAAAACUGCUUGGUGAUCACAGUAUUUUACUAAUAAUGUGUGGUUGUUUUUUAAAACCAAAGUAUAUUGUCCACCAGACUGGUAUGCAUUUAAAUUUAAAUUAUGUCCUUUUGUUUCUGGCUGUUGUGGGAAUUUACAGUAAUUUUCAAUAUUAAAAAAAAUGUAUUUAACAGAUUGAGUGUUGCUCUUUAAACAUUGCUUAUAAAUAACUGAAUAUAAUGCCCACUACUAUACUUGAAAACCUUUAAUUGCAACCAUUUUGGCUCAUUCAGUAGAGUUUUACCAAAGACAUAAACACAAUUGAAGAGACUUCUAUGAAAGUAAAUCUGUGUCAUCAGGUUUUGAAAGAAAAAGGUGAUUGAAUUUAUAGCACUGAAUAAUGUAUCUGAAUGUUUUUAAAUGUUAAAAAAGUCAACCACAGAUAAUUCAACGUUAAAAUAUUCAACCGCAAAAAAUUCAAGCACAACAUCCGGGACCUCAAGGAAGAGCAAUCGAUUCUGGAUUCAAGAUCAGGAGCGUGGGUCAAGCAAAAGGAGCGGGCACCCAAUACAACUUUGGCUUGUCGGCAGCAUGGUGACCGGAUUUUAGCCAUGUCCAAUAAUAAUGGAGCUUUAACUCUUCUUUAUGCCAUCAGUUUGGUUUGUGUCUGUAAGAUUCCGUAAUAGACAGCUGAUAUUUGUACAUUAACAGACUAUUGGACAUGAACUAAGCGGAGGUUAAAUGAGACUGUACAGCCGGUCAGAAUACGCCUCUUCUAGUUUUUAAUUAAUUUAAUGAUGCUGAGAUCCUUCGACAAGCUAUUAGGAGUGAUUGGCAGAGUUUUGAAACCAGGGACGUGCUUGAAGAGCGCACAUGAGCCGCUGUAGCGUAGUGGGAAGGUCGGCAGCGGCUUUAGCCGAGCAUGCAGACUCGUAACCCCGACGACAUGCAGGAAUAACCGCAGUAGCGCCGAGUUCGGAAAGUGGUCGGUGGAAGGAUUUUCAGAGAGGCACAACUCGAUCUCAGUUGGGAAUUAAAUGGCAUGCAAAGUCCAUGUAACGUUAAAUGAGUAUCUUCAUGACCAUGGGUAAACUUUAUUGACUGACGAUUGCCACUCGGUUACUACUGACUUGCCAAUGAGAUGCUACAGUCCUGAUGACCGACUGACUACCACCACAGACUUGCCUUUGCAUGCGAGUGUCACAAGGAGGAUCUCUGCCUUGCUGCCUGUGUGAGUGAGGCGCUCCAACUGGCUGACCAGAUCACCAACAUGGAGCUAUAAUACCUGACUUAAACGGCAAACCUCAGCAAAGAACUGCCUGAAUACAGACAGCAUAUUACAUACAGCACCAGUGAAAAAAUACACUCAACCACUGCUACACUGUAAUAAAGGAUGCAUACCGCUCUCACCCCCGUGUAGUUUUUGGAUUCCCUGAUCACGUUGUGGUUCAUCUUAUCCAAAUCUAUAGGCAUGAAUUCAUAUCUGCAUCGCCUGUCAAACUGACCAAGGUUCAGCUAGAAUUACAGUCCUGCUUUUACUUUAUUGAUUGGAGGGUUGUUGAGGCGGCUACUACAGACCUGGGCCCCGUUCCUCGUACGUGGCUAACGGAGUUAGCCGGAUAAUUUUCAGGAUAAGAUGACGAAGCAGGUAAUUUGAGCCAGAUGGAUUAGUCUGCCACUCCCCCGUAAAAAUGACAGCUCUCUUCCUCAUUGAUAAAGAAGCGAUAUCAGCCGGAUUAACGUUUUAUAGGGAGACAGUUCUCCGACAUAACAAAGACCUGUUAGGACAUCACGACGACGUCCAGUACGAGCGCUAUCAUUGCUGAAGACAGGAACCAUUUAUUUAGAUUUUCUCGAGCCGUAACUUUACAUGGUGAACACCACACGCUGUAGCCAAGCAUCCACUGUCCCGCAGACUGUCUGACACUGUCUCAUACUGUACAUGUCUGUACAGUCUUGCAAUGCAGAGAACAUCUGGAAUGUCGCUGCGUGGUAUGCUCUUUGUAAAGUUCUGUUUGUUUAUUUAGCUCUUAAUAAACUUCUGAAUGUUA